AUGGAUUAUAUUCAACCCCGGCAUCUUUAUACCCGUCUCCUCGAAAAUGUUCCUUGGAAAUCGGGAGAUCCUAAUGCCAAGGGAGACCCAAGGAAAAGUGUUAAAUGGAUUGAUGGCCUGCGGGGUAUAGCUUCUUUCCUCGUCGUCUUGACACAUCUUGCCCGAGCCUGGGACUACGACCUCUUUGCACCUCGCGAUAAUGAGGACGCCGCUCCCCGCAUUAUGCAAUGGCCCGUCUUCCGUAUUCCAUGGCAAGGCCGCCUGGGUGUUACGAUCUUCGCCUUUCUGACUGGUUACGUUUGCGCACUCAAACCCAUCAAACAAUCCCGCAACGGCGACCACUUGGGCUCGUUUACCUCCGUCGCCAAGAGCGCGUUCCGCCGUCCUCCGCGCCUGAUCUUCCCAGCAACCAUCGCCCUGAUCAUCUCAUGGAUCAUGGCCCAGUUCGGUGCUUUCAUUGUGGCUAACCGGUCGGACAGCUGGUGGUGCCGCUACGCGUCCCCAGAUCUGGCGGACUCGUUCUGGAAGGAGUGCCUCCGGCUGUUUGAGAACUUCCUUAGUGUUUGGACCACCGGUUAUAUGGCAUAUGACGAUCACCAAUGGGCUUUGUUGCCGCUAUUGGAGGCAUCGAUGCUGGUCUAUAUCCUGCUAUGCAUUACGAUGUUCGUCAAGUUCCGCUGGCGCCUGGCGAUCUACCUGGGCAUGUUCCUCUACUUUCACCAGAAUGCCGCUAAAAACACAGAAACCUUCCAAAUGCAGGCCAUCUACGGCAUGUUUCUUAGCGACCUGACCUAUGAGACCGCGUUCAAAGAGUUUGUUGAGCGGCAUAAAUGGGGACGUCGGAUUGUGUCGGCCACCCUCGCCUGCUCCGGCCUCCUGAUCUGUUCCUACCCGGGCGAGCAUCCCGAAUGGGCGACAUGGUCCAACUACAUGUUUGAGGUGGCCCAAUAUAUUUUCCCACCGGAAGUGAACAUCGGCAAGCGCUAUUCAGCCCUUGGUGUUGACCUGAUUAUAUUCGCCAUUUACAUCUCGCCAUCCACCAAGGACUUCCUAUCGAACCGCCUUCUCCUCUGGCUCGGGAAGCAGAGUUUCGCGGUCUAUCUGGUGCAUGGGACCCUCCUCCGCACUGUGCUGUGCUGGAUGCUGUACGGCAUUAGUGGCCAGCCCUGGGAUGGCGAUAUCGUCGAUGGCAACGGCCAACCUAUCCUGGACGAGUCUGGCGAGCCCCUUCAUCCGCACUGGAUUCCCAUCCGCGCACCCUGGGUUGUCGCCAUUUCUAUUCCUGCGUGGAUUGCCCUUGUCUACAUCUGCGCGGCUCUGUGGACUGCAUACGUGGAUCCGUUCUGUGCAAAACUCACCCAAAAGCUGGAGAAGUUGAUGUUCGAGGAAGAUGAAAAAUCCUCCGCAUCGCUUCCUCUUACCAGCAUGCCAAUGACGAGCUUGCCGAUGACUUCCGCAUAA